AUGAACUCCCACCAGCUGAUGUGUUUGUUAGUGACGGCCUCAGUGCUUCUUGCGAGUGCUCCGGUAGCAAACGCUCGAUUCUAUGAUUACGGAUAUGGCGGAAAAAACUAUGGCUAUCCCGGAAACUAUGGAUACGGGGGAAACUAUGGCGGGUAUCCAGGAAAAUAUGGCGACUAUGACAACUAUGGCGACUAUGACAACUAUGGUGGCGGAUGGUUAGGCGGACUCAUCGGAGGGGGAGGCAAAGGCAAAUAUGGCAAUUACGGCUAUGAACCAUAA